AUGCUAAGAGCAUUUCAAAGUGCUUUGCAAAGAGGACUAUCAGUCAAUGGUGCAGUAACACCGCUUCGACAUUUUACUGCAAAGGCGGCGUCUCCUGUGGCGCCUGUGCGUCAAAAGAUUAUUCUACAAGACGAAGACUUGAUUGAGACUUUUGUGAAAGGGUCCGGUCCAGGUGGACAGUGUAUCAAUAAACGGGUGAGCUGUGUGGACUUGCGCCAUAUUCCUACGGGUCUUAGGGUUCAGUGCCAACAAACGCGAUCAUUGCAAGAGAAUCGCGGCAUUGCUCGGAAACUGCUGCGGGAAAAGUUGGAUGAUCUCAUCAAUGGCGAUCAAAGUAAAAAUGCAAAAAAGGCAGCCAAGGUCGCGAAACAAAAAGCUCGCCGUGCCCGUCGUGCCAAACAAAAAUACGGAAAGCCCACGGAAUCGACCGAGGAGACCUAA